CAAUUAUCUCCAACUCUUCUUAAGUUUGGAAAGUGACGACACAGCUCAGCAAACUGUUCGAUCAUCGCGUUGUGUCCGACCGCGUCAUACAACAUGAUGCCAACCCAUCAUACUUAUCAACCUGGCGCGCCUGGAGGGCCAGCCAACAUCUUCCGUCAAGCCUCUCCACCGGCUACAUCAACUCCGGCAUCUGGUCCCUCAAUGCUCAGGGCGUCUCAUGGCCAAGCUGCUUACCAACCGCAACACUUCUUCAACGGUGGUGGCAACAACUACUCCCAACAACCGCAAAGUCGUCUACAGACCACCACCCCCGGCACCGAAUGUCUUGACGAACGCCCAUCCGCCAUGGACGGCUGAUCCACAACAAGCAUCCGCCCAGUUGGGACCGUAUCCGGGAAAUUUCCCAGUCGCUGCCGCUGCAGGAAUGUCCUGGCAAGGUGCGGGCGGAGCGGCCCCCAUGGUGCAUGGGAUGUGGCCCACGGCUCCCGGCAUCCUCACGGCCACCCAGCGCCCAGGCCCGGUACCUCAGCAAACCGGGAGGAGCAGGUGUCAAGAGUGGACUCCGAUCGAGGUACAGUGGCUCUUGACCCUCAAAGGGCAAAAGAUGACCCACCCCAAGAUUGCUGAAUUUCUUUCGGACAUGUUCAACGUCGAAAGAACCCAUCACAUGGUGACCAAGAAGCUGGCGGCGCUGAGGAAAGAAGCCGUCAAGGCCAACGUGUACGAACAGUCCAUCAACAACGUCUUGCCUCGGUCCAUCGACAUCCUUUUCGAGGAACUGACCGCCGAGAUGGGCGUUCCCUUCGUCCCUAGCAAGGAACGCAGGGAAAACCUCUUGCGGUACUUGAAAACCUUUUUCUCCGGCGUCAUUCUUGACAGCCAGAAAGCCGCGGCGGGCGCGGGCGCGAUGGGAUCUCACCAUGAACAAGCCCAAUUCUGACGAGUCUACCGUAGGAACAUUGGAUGGCAUGAGGGUGAUGCCCGAGACUACCUAUCGGCGUAUAGGACCUCGGAUGGUAUUUGGAGCGACGGAGUUAUAUGGGCUAGAUGAAACGCGCUAU